GUAACCAUAGACUAAAAUAUCUGCCAUAUGAAUAUUUCAAGACUUCGUUUCCAACUCUCUCUUUCCAAUCAUAUUCAAUUACUUCAUACAUAUACUAAUUCAUUCACCAAAAUAGAUUGAUGGGCAUACCCCAAUUCUUCUUGUUCAUUCAAUACCCUUGAUAUUUUUCCUAGUCAGUUAAAUUUGCCUCUAUUUUCCAAUUGCAGGUUUAUUAUUGUUGUUAUUAUUAUUAUACUAGCUGAAAGUUGACACAUGGGAUUGGGGUUAAUCUUUGGUGAUAAAGUUACAAUCUUUAAGCCAAAACAAGUAGUAGAAUCAGUAUGGAAUCACAACUGGAUUUAAUUGAACAACAAUUUAAUGUUAGAUACUCAGAUGGGGUUGAAGAAGCACUUGAUGAAUUGCCUGAUAGUUUUACAAUUACUGAUCCUUCUAUUUGUGGACACCCUAUUGUUUAUGCAUCAAAGGGUUUCUUGAAAAUAUUUGGUUAUUCAAGAAAUGAGGUUAUUGGUAAGAAUGGAAGGGUGUUUCAAGGGCCUAAGACGAAUAGAAGAUCAGUUAUGGCGAUACGAGAGGCGAUACGAGAGGAGAGAGGUAUACAAAUCAGUUUGUUGAACUAUAGGAAGGAUGGGACACCCUUUUGGAUGUUGUUUCAUAUGUGUCCUGUUUAUAGUGAGAAGGAUGGAAGGGUGGUUCAUUUUUUGGGAGUUCAAGUUCCUAUUUUAAGGAGGAGAAAGUUAUUAGGAGGUGGAAUUGGGAAAAAUGGAGGAGUAUGUAAUGAUGGAGGUAAUUGCAGGGAGUCUGCUUAUAGAUGUUGUAGGAGGGAGGUCUGCUCGAAUUCGAUUAUGGAAUUGGAUAGAGCAUUAUCAGUUGAUUCGGUUUCAGGGUCGGACCAUACAGAAGUAGACGUUGAAGGGCCAUGUGAAGCAAGUGAUCAAGAGAAGACAAAAGCCAGUGUUGCUGUUAACAACAUAAUGUCCGUGUUGGCACAUUACAGCGAGUUGACAGGCAGACUAGUCAGUGACAAGAGAUGCUGUCAAUCCGGAACGAGUCUGCUCAGUGCAUCCUUAAAUAUAUCUUUUGGUAGAAUAAAACAAAGCUUUGUAUUAACUGAUGCGCACUUACCUGACAUGCCGAUUGUCUAUGCAAGUGAUGCCUUCCUAAAAUUAACAGGCUUCGCGAGACAUGAAGUAUUGGGUCGUAAUUGUCGGUUCUUAAGUGGAGAAGAUACAGACAGAGACACACAAUUUCAGAUAAAACAAUGCAUCCAAAAUGAACAACCAUGUACUGUACAUAUCUUAAAUUACAGAAAAGAUGGAACCGCAUUUUGGAAUUUUCUUCACAUUUCACCGAUCCGGAAUGCUUCAGGAAAGAAGUUUGGGGUAGAAUUCUUGUUUCCAAAGCCAAUCCAUUUUCUGCACAUAAUCAGAACAAAUGAAGCCUCACAAAAAUAUGCGCAUAGCUUAGGUUGCAUACUAUGUUGGUAUUCAGAUAGAAGAUACUAGCGAGGUUCGGGGGAAACAAGGUUUAAAUCCGGAGAUUGGGCAGCGCAGUGUUGUUGCUGCUGUAAAGGUUGCUGUAAGAGGCUGGUCAAUGGGUGCAAGCACCUCCUAGUUCUUCAACAAAUUUGUCUUUCCUUUUUUGUUCUGAUAAACACUCUGGACUCUGUUAGAAAAAAAUGUACUGUCUCAUAUAGCUCAUUAGCAUCAGAGUAAAAAAGAAAAAAAAGAAGAGUAUGUUAUGGUAAUUUAAAUUUGAUAUUUUCUUUGUCAUAUAUGAGGAUGCUAGUGCCUGAAUGUUAAUUGAAUCCAAUAGCCUAUUCGUUGCAAUUUAUUCACCAUACAUCUACGGUAAUUAAAUUCAAUCAGUCUAAUAUUUAAAA